AGGAGUGAAGAGCAAGAGGGUCAUGUAGUCAUGGGAUGGAGACACUGGAGCAAACGAUCAUGUAUCCAUCGAUCCAAAUCAUCUUUAUGAAUCUAGAUGAGUCCUUGGGGAGGCAGAUGAGCGAGUCUUCUAUCUGCGCUACAGAGGAAGAAGAGGAAGACGAUGAUUCCAAGCUGCAAUUGGGUCCUCAGUACACUAUCAAGGAGCAUUUCGAGAAGGAUAAAGAUGAUGAGAGCUUAAGGAAGUGGAAGGAACAGCUUCUUGGAAGUGUUGAUGUCACCAACAUUGGAGAGACUCUUGACCCUGAAGUGAAGAUCAUUAGCCUGGCCAUCUUAUCACCUGGAAGACCAGAUAUUGUUCUUAUGGUACCCGAGAAUGGGAAUCCAAAGGGAAUGUGGUUUACUUUGAAAGAAGGGAGCAAGUACUGUUUGAAAUUCACGUUUCAUGUUAACAACAACAUUGUUAACAAAAUAAGGGAUGGAGGCACUGGAGCAAACCAAGUUUUUUAAAAAGACUCAUAAAGAUUUUGAUAUAAUAAGUACUAUUACCAAAAUGAAAAACAUAAGAAUUAUUUUCAAUUUCACUAAUUGAUAAAAAAAAAAAAAAAGCUUACAGUUUCACAUAUUGAGACUUUACCAAAAUUCGGCAACAAUCAAA